AUGCCGGAUAUGCUGGAGCAGACGAAUGCGCUCCUGGCGGCGCUGAAGAAGCCGUCUACGAACGUCGACCAGCGAUUGCAGCUGUUUAGCAAUGUCAAGUCCAACAUCAAGCACAACCGCGUUCCCGAAGAGUGUCAGGCUCCUAUCUUUGAGUGCAUCCGCAUUGCCAUCAGCGCCACCACGUCGGCCACGCUCGUCUCGACGGGCUUUUCCACGCUGAGCCAUUUCAUUAAGAGACUCCAAUUGCAACGAGAGACUGCCGUCAUAACAUCACAGUCCUCCAAGUUGUGCGCGCUGCUGCUGGAGAAGCUGGGCGAUGCGCGCGAGAGCCAUCGCAGCGCCUCCCUCCAGAUCCUCGCAGACCUGCACCCGCUAUGCCCCUUAGAAGUCGAGACGUUGAUCCACAAUGCCAUGAAGGGCACGAACGCGCGCGCCAAAGACACGUCGAUGACAUGGGUCGUUAAGAUGAACCAGACCGAGAACCUGCCUUUCCGGGCCUACUCGGCGCAGAUGAUUGCCAACCUCGAGGACGCGGACGCAGGCGUGCGCGACACUGCUAAGCACGCCGUCGUAGAUCUCUUCACGAGCGCGCCAGAACACGCCAAGGCGAACCUCAAGAAGCAGCUUGUGUCCACAAAUGUUCGGAAAGCGAUCGCAACCUAUAUUACCGCGCACUUGGACGGCGCAGCCACCGGAGGUGCACAUGAAGAGAUGCCUCCUCCACCACCGGCUGUGAGAGAACGACCACUACCUACGCAACGAGCGCAGACACUUCAGCCCGACCACGGCAUUGCAGAUGCGUUAGCAGCCGAACAACCCCCGCCAACCGAAGCCGUGACAAUGGACCCCAUACACAUCUAUACACAACGCGAGCUCGAAGACAUUUUCCGCGACAUGGCGCCGCCGUUUGAAGGCAGAGAGUCAGAAGGGAACUGGCUGGCGCGAGACAAGAAUACCACAAAGCUUAGGCGCAUACUGAUGGGGAAUGCCCCGGCCGAGUUCCCCGGAGCUUUCGUGGCAGGCAUCAAGUCGCUUCUGGAGGGUAUAUUGAAAGUGGCCAACACUCUGCGCACGACCAUGUCGACGAAUGGCUGUCAGCUGGUGCAAGAGCUUGCGAAGACGCUCCGCCACGCCAUUGAUCCUUGGGUGGAAAUUCUCCUACAGUGCUUCAUCAAGAUGUGCGCAGCAACGAAGAACAUUGCAGCGCAGAACGGCAAUGUCACAGUAGAGGCUAUUAUUUCGAACGUGUCUUACAAUAACCGCAUCUUACAGCACGUUUCCUUCGCCGCCACGAACGCACUCCGCGCGAGCUGGGUCAAGACGUUGAUCCGGAAACACAAGGCGCACGUUGAGCACUCAGGGGGACUAGACACCCUGGAGAAGAUCAUUCGCAAGGGUGUCACCGACGCCAACCCCAAGGUGCGCGAGGCCUAUCGUAGCACGUAUUGGACCUUCGCUCUGGUGUGGCCGCAAAGAGCCGAAGCCAUGUUUGAGACUUUGGAGAAGCGUGAAAAGACGGCGCUGGAAAAAGAUCCCAACAACCCAAAUGCUUCCCUUGCAUCAUCCCAAAGUAGUGCAGUCUCUUCGUUCUCAAAGUCCGUUGGGGCCGGAGCAGCACGAAAUGCUCUGAAGGAGAAGAUUGCCGAACAACGAAGAGCUAAGAUGGCAGCUUCGAAAGUGCCUGAACGCCCCAUGUCUGCUGCCGCAACCUACUCGCCCGUCAAAUCGGCAUCGACAAAGUCUUUGAGUGCUAGGACCGCCUCGACUGCAUCGACCGCUUCUAACGGACCUGCACGGCCGCCGUCAGCCAUGUCCGGAGAGUCCACCAAAUCAGCGCUGAAGAACUCGUCGGGUACCGGCUCAUUGAUGAGUGGAACGGUGCGCCGUCCAAUCCGACGUCCAGAACUGAACAGGCCAGCAACGGCAGAUCCAUAUGCUGUCCGCCGUGCUGGAAACGGCAAGACAACGCCAUCGAUGACCCCUGAGAAGACUCCAGCUGUGACCACAACGAAGAAGUCUGUCGCACCAAAGAGCAGUGUCCGACCUCGAGCGCAAACACAGAACAGCCCCAACGCUAGUCCUGCGCCGAGUGCAUCCAAGGACGAGGACCUGGAAUUGACCAUAGUGAAGCCUUUUGUGCGAUCUCAGAGCCACCACGACCCAGGCACUAUUCCAUUUCGCCAACGGAAUGGACUGGAUAAGAGCGCUGUCUUUGACAAUGAAACUGUUUUGUCAGGAGAUGAGGACAACUUCACCAUGGUCAUACCAAAUCUGGCGCGACCAACGGCACAGUCCAUUCACCACACACCGCCAAAGACGCACUCACCAAGCCAUCUGUCAGCUCCCAGCCCGCGUGCAUCAAUGUUGAGGAGUCCGAAGUCUAUGGGUGACAUCAACGGCUUUGGGUUCCGGUCAUCAACGCGUAGCCCACGGGUGCGCUCUCCUGACCGGCCAAGCACGCGCGGCACCGAUGCUCAGGAAGGAGUCCAGGUGUUCGAAGACCCUUUCGUAGGCGACGAGCCUGCCGCAGUCGAGCACGAGGUAGAAAAGCCAGUGCUUGGUGAACUCCCUAUCAACGAGAAGAAUAUCGAACGCAGGCCGAGCAACGAGAGCAUAUCCAGCGACACUGUCAUGGGCAAUGCGAGCGAAGACCGCCCUCGAGGCCAUCACAAGACCACCAGCACCGGCAGUGUACUUUAUUCUGAAAGCAACGACACUAACAAUGCCGAAGUUCUCAAGAACAGGCAACUGCUGGCAAGUGGCAUCAAGAAGAUCGAGAGCCGUACUGUUGAGUCCCACAUGUUCCGCCGCAUGCAGGAUAUGAUCAGGUCGAACCACGAGAUCUGGGGUGCAAAUGACGAAAACUUCGGUUGCCUGCUUCUCGCCUGCCUGGACUUUCUCGAAGUGCCUACGGAGGAGCUGAAGACAACACCGAUCAAGGUAGCAAACCUGAAAGUACAAGCUCUGGCGACCAUCCGCGCCAUGCUAUCUCUAUAUCGAAAAGAGACUGCCAAGUACUUCUCCCGAGUACUCUGCACCGUCCUACAGACCAAGGCACAAUACGAGAACACAUCGCACAUCGCCAUUGACCUCGAGACCACCGCCGAAGAGAUCGUCAGAUACGGACAGACCUCCGACUGUCUGAACGCUGUCCUGGCCCUCAUCGAAGACCUUCCCUCAUCCACCCCCACCUCCUCUCCCAGCUCUAAAUCCUCUCUCACCUCCCUCCCCGGCGCCGGCCAAACCCGCACCGCAACCAUGGCCCUCAGCACGCUCGCCGCUCUCAUCCAAAUCAGCGGCGCCAAAAACAUCACCCUCUCCCCCGACCAGACCUCCCGCCUCGGCAAGCUCGCCGUCCGCUGCAUGGACGACCAGGACGCCGACGUGCGCAAGUCAAACAUCGAGUUCUGCAUCGCCCUGCACGAGCGCAUCGCGGCUCCCGCCGGCGAGCAGGAGAACGACGGCUUUUGGAGAGCGGUGGCUGGCGCGCGCGAACAGCAUCUCAACUUGCUCACGUAUUAUCUGGCAAAGAGGAGGGCGGCUUAG